AUGGCUUGCAUCAAGGGGGUGGACAGAUCCGCCUCCGUCGCGCUGGCUCCCGACGCUCCUUACAUGGCCGCGGGGACCAUGGCGGGAGCCGUGGAUCUGUCAUUUAGCUCAUCCGCUAGUCUCGAGAUCUUCAAGCUCGAUUUUCAGUCGGACGAUCGCGAUUUGCCACUGGUAGGGGAAAUCCCCUGCUCGGAGCGGUUUCAUAGACUCGCAUGGGGAAGAAACGGAUCUGGAUCGGAGGAGUUCUCGCUAGGUCUUAUUGCCGGUGGCCUUGGCGAUGGGAAUAUAGAUCUGUGGAAUCCGCUUUCUUUAACCAGUUCCAAGUCAAGUGAAAAUGCACUCGUUGGACAUCUCUCAGUUCACAAAGGACCCGUUCGUGGUCUUGAGUUCAAUGGUAUUACCCCAAAUCUACUUGCCUCUGGGGCUGAUGAUGGUGAAAUCUGCAUUUGGGAUCUAACUAAGCCUGCUGAGCCUUCUCAUUUUCCCAUUCUGAAGGGAAGUGGUUCUUCCACGCAAGGUGAAAUCUCCUUUAUUUCGUGGAAUAGAAAAGUUCAUCAGAUAUUAGCAUCUACCUCAUACAAUGGGACUACUGUAAUAUGGGACUUGAGGAAGCAGAAGCCGUUAAUUAACUUUGCAGAUUCAGUUCGGCGCCGGUGCUCUGUUUUACAAUGGAACCCUGACAUUGCUACUCAGAUAAUGGUUGCAUCAGAUGACGACAGUUCACCUACUCUGAAGCUCUGGGAUAUGAGGAAUACAAUGUCACCUGUGCGCGAGUUUACUGGACACCAAAAAGGUGUGAUUGCAAUGGAGUGGUGUCCAAGUGAUAGCUCAUAUCUUCUUACCUGUGCCAAGGACAACCGAACUAUUUGCUGGGACACUAAUACAGGAGAAAUUGUGGCUGAGUUACCUGCUGGAAACAAUUGGAAUUUUGAUGUUCAUUGGUACCCAAAGAUACCUGGAGUCAUAUCAGCAUCUUCAUUUGAUGGGAAAAUUGGCAUCUACAACAUCGAGGGUUGCAGUCGCUAUGGUGCUGAAGAGAAUACUUUUGGUACUGCUUAUUUAAAAGCACCGAAAUGGUAUAAGCGCCCGGUUGGUGCAUCUUUUGGAUUUGGGGGAAAGCUAGUAUCGUUUCAGGCAAAGGCCCCUCCGAAGGGUGCCUCAUGCAUUGCGUCUGAGGUUUUUUUGCACAGCCUGGUAACAGAACAGAGUUUAGUGAGUCGUACUUCUGAAUUUGAAGCCGCCAUAGAAAAUGGAGAUAAGACUUCUCUAAGGGGUUUGUGUGAGAAGAAAUCUGAAGAGACUGAAUCCAAAGAAGAGAAAGAGACGUGGGGCUUGCUGAAAAUGAUGUUUGAUGAGGAAGGAACUACAAGGACAAAGUUAAUUAGCCAUCUUGGCUUUAGUUUGCCUUCUGAAGAGAAGGAUCAGGAUGUAAAUGGGCUCUCUUCAGAUCUGAAUGGCAUCGAAUUAGAGGAUAUUGCAGCGCAUCCACGGGAGCCUGAGGAAAGUAACGAGGCAGCUGCAUUUGCUAUGGACAAUGGAGAAGACUUCUUUAACAAUUUUCCUGCUAAACCGGAUACGCCAGUAUCUACCUCUGCCACAGAUUUUACGCCUCCUGACACAGAUUUUGCUGCCAAGGAAGAAACUCAAGAAAUGCCAGAAGAAGAAGAUGAGGGUUCUGACCUUGAUAAUGCCAUCCAGCGUGCGUUGGUUGUUGGAGAUUAUAAGGAAGCGGUGGAUCAGUGUAUUUCUGCAAAUAGGAUGGCUGAUGCUUUAGUUAUUGCUCAUGUUGGUGGUAUAGCGUUGUGGGAGAGUACUCGUGAGAAAUAUUUGAAGAUGAGCAGUGCACCUUUCAUGAAGGUUGUUUCUGCAAUGGUUAACAAUGAUCUCACCAACCUUGUCCAUACAAGGUCACACAAGUUCUGGAAAGAAACUCUUGCUCUCCUAUGUACUUUUGCACAAGGAGAACAAUGGACCAGCCUGUGCGAUGUCCUUGCCUCAAAGUUGAUGGCUGCUGGUAACACUGUGGCUGCAGUUCUGUGCUACAUUUGCGCAGGCAAUGUUGACAGAACAGUAGAAAUUUGGUCGAGGAGCCUUGCAAACGAGCGUGAUGGAAGAUCUUAUGCCGAGCUUCUUCAAGAUCUUAUGGAGAAGACUCUUGUCCUUGCUUUGGCAACUGGCAACAAAAAGUUCAGCGCAUCUCUGUGUAAACUCUUUGAGAGUUAUGCGGAGAUAUUGGCUAGCCAGGGUCUUCUUUCAACGGCAAUGAAGUACCUAAAGGUUCUGGAUUCUGGGGGCUUGUCACCUGAACUUUCUAUACUACGUGAUCGCAUUUCUCUUUCUGCAGAACCUGAGACUAGCACUGUAGCUUCAGGCAACACUCAGCCUCAAAGCACCGUACCAUAUAACCAGGAGCCAACUCAGGCGCAACCAAACGUUCUUAGUAACCCAUAUGAUAAUCAGUAUCAACAACCGUACACUAAUUCUUAUGGUGGAGGAUAUGUCCCCACAGCUGUGAAUCCACCCAUGCAGCAAGCAACCAUGUUUAUGCCUCAACAAGUUCAGCCAGCUCCGCAGUCAUCUUAUCCUCCGGCUCCUGCAAGCAAUGCUCAGCCAUCCAUGAGAUCUACUUUUGUUCCUUCAACUCCCACUGCACUGAAAAAUGCAAACCAAUAUCAGCAGCCAAACAUUGGUUCCCACUCAUUCAAUGGACCAUCUAACAAUGCAUACCCUGUUCCCCCCGGUCCUGGUUCAUAUGUACCUUCUGCCCCUUCACAAGUUGGGCAAUAUUCUGCCCCUUCACAAGUUGGGCAAUAUUCUACCCCUUCACAAGUUGGGCAAUAUUCUGCCCCUUCACAAGUUGGGCAAUAUUCUAACCCCAUGAUGCCCCAAGUCGCUGCUCCAGGAGCUGGACCCAUAGGAUUUACGCCUAUGUCAACUCCAGGAGUUGCUCCAAGAUCUGGACCAGGUUCCGUGCAGCCAGCAAGUCCUCCAGCACCGCAGGCAGCCCCUGCGCCUGCAGCUCCGCCACCAACUGUUCAGACUGCAGAUACUUCCAACGUCCCAGCCCACCAGAAACCUUUGAUAGCAACGUUGACAAGGCUAUUCAAUGAGACAUCGGAAGCAGUGGGAGGCGCACGUGCAAAUCCUCCUAAGAAGCGUGAGAUAGAAGACAACUCAAGAAAAUUAGGGGCUUUGUUUGUGAGACUCAAUAGCGGAGAAAUGGGUAAGAAUGCUGCAGACAAACUCGGACAGCUCUGCCAAGCUCUGGACAAUCAUGACUUCAAUGCAGCCCUUCAGAUACAGGUACUUCUGACGAACAGCGAAUGGGAGGAGUGCGGGUUCUGUCUGUCGGCAUUAAAGCGGAUGAUCAAGGUCAGGCAAAAUGUGCGGUGA